AUGUACAAUGAGAUAAAGGGUAACUUUGAUGACGUUGCCAUCAGCACCUUUAAGAGCGGUCUCCCAACCGAGCAUGGUUUAAGAAAGUCCCUAACAGGAAAGCCUAUCACCAGCUUGCGCCAGCUCAUGGACCAGAUCAACAAGUAUAAAAGGGUUGAAGAGGACCGGCAAUUGGGUGAAGGUAAAGCAAAGAUUAUCCCUCAGGAAAGGAGGGACUUUAGGUCGGACCAAUUUAAUAACAACAACCAACCGAGGAAAGACUUUGCAGGGCAAUUCGAAUAUGCCGACGUGCAGACAGUCAAUGCUGUGUUCCGAGAUCCAGUGCAUCAGGUUCUGGAAAAGAUCAAGAACGAGCUAUUCUUCAAAUGGCCAUAUAAGAUGGCAGGAGACCCCAUGAAGCGUAACCAAAACCUAUAUUGCCAAUACCACCAAGAAUCGGGGCACACCACCAAGGACUAUAGGAAUUUAAGAAACCACUUGGACCAACUGGCGAAUCCAGAGUCUCGAAGAGACACCUCCUUAAGACCUCUUAUAGGCACGAUAAAUGUCAUUCUUGCUGCUCCGGGAAGGACCGGUUCUUGUCCUUCCAGAGUGAUGCUUGUGGCUCAACUAUCCAUCGAGGACAACAAUCGGGAGUCCAAAAAGGCCAAGAAGGAAGCCUCGUCGGUGCUAUGCUUCUCGGACGAAGAUAAGAUUGGAACCAUCCAAUCCUAUGACGAUGCUCUGGUAGUCACACUCAGGAUUGGAGGAUAUGAUGUUAAGAGAGUAUUGGUAGAUUAG